AAUAAUCAAGUGAAUCGAAUAUUUAACAUUACGAAAAUUCGAUGGAGGCUGAAGCUAGUACUUCAAAAGAACAAAAUGCAGAUAAUACAGAUAUAAACUCAUAUGAAUUAAUCGAACAAAAAAUUAUUGCACUGGCGCAAGCAAGACCGAAAGGAAUAUCCGAUAAAGACUUAACUACCGAAAUGCCAGAUUUACAACCUGCUCAGAGAGCUCAAAUUAUAAAUAAACUUUUAUCACAAGGCCAUUUUGAUUUAUUUAAACAAAGUGGUUCUUUGUUAUAUCGUUUGAAAGAUCCUUCUAAAGCAAAAAUUGCUAAAGGUGCAGAUAACGAAGAAAAAAUUGUAUAUACCAUCAUUGAAGAAGCAGGAAAUAAAGGAAUUUGGAUUCGUGAUAUAAGAUUUAAAUCCAAUUUAAUGCCAACUCAAUUAAAUAAAAUCUUAAAAAGUUUAGAAACUAAGAAAUUUAUUAAAGCUGUUAAGUCUGUUGCAGCAAGUAAGAGAAAAGUAUACAUGUUAUAUAAUUUAGAACCAGAUACAUCUGUAACUGGUGGUGCUUGGUACCAAGAUCAAGACUUUGAAGCAGAAUUUGUUGAUGUCCUUAAUCAGCAAUGUUAUAGAUUUCUGGAGAAAAAAAAGGAGCAAAUGAAUUCUUGUAGAGGUGGACCAAUAAUGGCCAGAAAUGUUACAUUUGCUUCAUCUAAGGAAGUAUGGAAAUUUAUCUCUGAUCUUGGAAUAAGCAAGGUAAAAUUAUCAGUUGAAGACUUGGAGAUGAUAUUGAAUACUUUAGUUUAUGAUGGGAAAGUAGAACGUACUCUUUCAGGUGAUGGAAACACUUUAUACAGAGCAGUAGUUCCUUUACUAAAUCCACCAGGGUUAAUUAAAUCUACAUGUGGUGUUUGUCCUGUGAGAAAAAAUUGUUGUGACGUUGGUGAUGUUACACCUACAAAAUGUCAAUAUAUUACAGAAUGGUUGGAAUAA